AACAUACUGGCAGCACUGCAACGUACUGGCAGAACCGCAACGUACUGUCAGCACCGUCAGCACUGCAUCGAUGACAUUACUAAAAUCAUCGCAGCUCUGUUUUUGUUUACAUUUUUCAUCGAAUUGAAUCUUACAACCGCGAUCACUCUCGUCUUAAAAUCGCACCGACUACAUUUACGUCCCACUACCGAUUCGAUCGAGUCCAAACAUUAUGGCUAAUUCGAUCGACACCGACUGUUUCAAGUUCAACGAUCGGAAAUUGUUUGUCGCCCUGCGGAACACAAUAGCACCCGCAACGGAAACACAGAAUAUCGUCGAAUGCAAAGAUGACAUGAUUUUCGUGUGGAAUGCCGUCGACUGUAACUUGAUGUGUUUCAAUUGGAGAGCAGCGAAUGCUCGAACUGAUGAUUCCAUCAAGUAUCAGACCCUGUUGCCAUCCUCACCACAAAACUACAUGGUCGACAAAAUAACGCCAUCGCAGGAGGGAUCUUAUGUGGCACUGUCUGGCCGUCGCGGCAUUGCAAUCCUAGAAUUGCCUAGACGUUACGGACCGAACGGAACGUUCAGUGAAGGCAGAGACAAAAUUAUUUGCAGAUCUCACAAUUUGGACGAUCGUCUGUUCACGAACAACAUUCAGCUGGAAGUGCUUCAGGUCCGGUGGCAUCCAGCCUCGCCCAAAGACUCUCAUCUACUGGUGCUGUUGUCCAAUAACUCCAUACGGGUCUACGACGAAGAAAUGUUGCUUCAUGUGUGGCGCGUCGGACCGCUGCCAGUCGCAAUGCCACCAUCUGGUUCAAACGUUCCCUAUCUGAAUAGUCUUGGUGACACUGCCGUUGAUUUUGACAUUGCACCGCCACGAGUUGUUGCGACCGGUAACGAUGGGCAGAACCUCAAUCAAUCGUCCAUCGAAUCAACAAUCACUGCCAUGAGUCGUGUCCAAUGGCCGUUGGUCAUACUUCGUGGUAAUGGCACCCUGUACAUUCUGUCAAUUGGCAUCGAAACGGCCAAGCCACAGCUGCAAGGUCCACUCUCUGUUUAUCCAGCUACGGAUGACAACUAUGGCCUGGAUUCGUGUUCGCUAAUCGUUUUGCCGUCGCUGCCACCAACCAUAAUCUUAUCGGAAACAACCGGUAAAAUUCACCACGGCCUGCUGAUGGACAGUGAAGAGGAGGAGGAACAGGCUUUCAAUGACAUCGAUGCCAGUCUGAUCCUUCAUCCGUGUCAGUAUUCCGUGCAAGUUCUGGAAACCGUUAAAUUGGAACUGGGCAUUGCCGGGAAAACCGUUCAGAGCACCUGUCCCAUCCAUCUGAAAAGAGAUUUUACAGACGAGUCCCGAUACUUUGCCUAUCACAACACCGGCCUUCAUGCGAUCACAGUGAACUUUGUCCGCGAUCUGCAGAGUUUCGUUGAUUCCGACGAUUCCAACAUCGAAACCACAAAUAUGCUGAGCACUCCGAGUCGGGCCGAGUAUCUUGUGUGCACCAAGGCGGUUGACUCAAGUCAAACGAAUCCCGUGCUCGGUUUCACCCAAAUUCAGUCACCAUCCGGGAUCCUAUUGCUACUGGCGAGCGGACAAGUGGUCUCCUUGUCGUUGAUCGUCGAUUCGGGAUGUCUGCGGGAACCGCAACGUAAAUCGAAUGCGACCGAAACGAAGCCGAACCAAUUGCCGAAUUCGGAAUUCGAGUCCCACAUCAAAAGUAUUCUAGUAGCUGAUGUGCUACAACCGAUUCUGAAACUGAACACAACAUCGGAACCGUCCGCCAAGGAAUCGUUCGAACUGCUCACGCAUGCCGUGGAAAUUUUGCGCGAACAGUACUUCCCGAAGCUGAACAAGGUGCGCACGGAAAUCGACAAACGCGUCAAACAUCUGAUGGUGCUGAAGGAGCAACAGAAACAGGAGAUUGCCCAGCUGCAGAAGGAGAAAGAGAAAAUUCGCGAAAAUGCCGAACGACUGGCCGAUCGGUACGAGGACGUUUCCGACAAACAACAGAGCUUAUUCAAACGUGCCCAAGAGGUGGUCCGACUGGCUACGCUGAAAGCACCCGAUUCGGCACAGCGCGCCCACGAAUUCCAGAAACAAAUCGAAAAGAUUAAUGCGCUGACGAAGGCAUUGAGCGGGAACAUUUUGAUGGCCAAGAAGAAGAUGGAGAAACAAAACAUUCAAGUGGACCAGUUCAAAAAAGACAAUACGAAGAAGACGAUUGUGCUGCAGCCCAAGGUUGAGAGGACGAUCAUGGAACUGCUGACCGAACUACAUGACGACAUUCGUGGACAAACGGAGCAGAUUAUGCGAUUCAAGGAGCAUUUGAAUAUGUCGUAGUAGCUGCGAGUUGUAUGGGGGGCAUGUCAACUGUUUUCUUCUUCUUUCCAUAUUGAAUGGAUCAAAUGAACGAUUAAACUUCCGAUGGAUGUUGCAAA